UGGGUCCCUUCCCUUUUUCUAAUCCUCAAUUCCCAAUUGCCAAUCUUAAUCUCAUCCCAUCAUCAUAUAAAUAAAAUUGUUUAGAAUAAUAGUAGGAGAUGGAAACCACCAAUCAAGAAAGAAAAAAAAAAAGAGUUAGCAUUAGCAAUAGUAGAAUACAGCUCCUCCUCUAAUGAUUAUCUAAUUCUAAAGCAAUCCACUUUGGAUACCCAAUUCAUAAAAGUAAUAAAAAACCAUAAUUCCAAUUUCCCUUAUUCUUCUUCUUCUUCAUUACUUUCUCCUGUGAUCAAUAUUCAUUCAUUAUUCACAUCACAAUAUGCCUUCAAGACAAUUCCCUUCUACAAGUUCCAGUUUUUUUACCAAACCCAAGUUUCUUUUCAUAGCACUAACCAUUUCAGCUUCUGUUGUCAUUUUCUUCUCAAUCCUUUACUUCCUUUACCAUCUUUGGCAUUCACUUGUGCACAGAGCAAAAACUAUUCCUUUUGAUGCAAGUGCUCCUUUGAAGCUCCAAAGAUUCUCCUACAAGGAUUUAAAGCUAGCCAGCAAUGGCUUUGACUCUGCCAAUGUCAUUGGCAAAGGUGGUUCUGGUACUGUUUUCAAGGGAGUGCUUAAAGAUGGAAAAUUCAUUGCCAUCAAGCGCUUGGACUCAUUGUCUUUGCAAUCUGAGAGAGAGUUUCAAAAUGAGUUGCAGAUUCUUGGAGGGUUGAGAUCACCUUUCUUGGUGACCCUUUUGGGCUAUUGUGUUGAAAAGAACAAGAGAGUUUUGGUGUAUGAGUAUAUGCCUAACACAAGCUUGCAAGAGUCACUCUUUGGUGAUGAGUGUUUUUGUUUGAGUUGGGAGAGAAGGUUUUGCAUUAUAAUGGAUGUUGCUAGAGCAUUGGAGUUUUUGCACCUUGGAUGUGAUCCACCAGUGAUUCAUGGUGAUAUCAAGCCAAGCAAUGUCUUGCUUGACGCCGAGUUUCGAGGGAAGGUCUCGGACUUUGGCUUGUCAAGGAUUAAGGUGGAGGGUGAAUUUGGUGUGGACUUGUUUAGCCAGGACUUGGGGAAAAGCCAAGAUCUUUGGAAAAGCCAAGACCUUUCAGGUAAUUUGACUGCAGCAGAAACUCCUGCAAUUGGAACUCCAGUUGAGAGUGUUAGUGAAGUAGAUUUUGCUCUUGCUUUGCAAGCUUCUUCUUCAUCCAAAAAUAGCAGGACUUGUUUUAAUGUUAAAGCUUUGAACUUGAACUCUUUGAAUUAUAAUGCUAAUAUUGUUGGUGAAAGUGUAAAUGCAAAGGGUAAGGAAAUUUCAAGUUUGGAUAUAGGAGGAGGAGGAGGGGAUGAUUGUUGGAAUAAUAAGUUUGUUCCUUAUGAUGAUGAGUUUUGUAGCACUGAUUAUAAUAGUAAAGAAUUGGGCGUUAAUGCUUCUUUGGUUGAUAAUGAUGAGAAGGAAAAUGGGAAACAAUGGGGAAAGGAUUGGUGGUGGAGACAAGAUGGAAGUGGCGAAUUAUGUAGUAAAGACUAUGUGAUGGAAUGGAUUGGGAGUCAGAUUUGUCCAUCAAAUGCUGAUUGGGAUGAUGGUAUUGGUAGUACUAAGAACAACAACAUUCAGGAGAAAUCAGAGUUGGAAAAUUCAAGUCCAAUAGAUAAAGCCAAUGAUGCAAAUGCACCACAAUUAUUACAAGUAUUAUCUGGGAUGGAAAAUGCAGAUAAUAUUAAUAAUGGUGUUGAUAUGAAAGAACUGAAGGGAAAGAAAAACCACAACAAGAAGAAGAAGAAUAGAAAGAUGCAAGAGUGGUGGAAAGAAGAACAUCUUGCUGAGUUAACCAAGAAGAACAGUAAGCUAAAAAGUCUACAAACUAAAUGGAAGAAAGGCUUGAAAGUUCCCCAUUUUGAUUUAGGUAGAAGAUUCUAUCUUUGCCAACGUGGUAAGAACUAUGGAGAGGAGGGAGAGAAUGAGUGUGAACAAAAUGGUGAGUUUAGUUUCAGAAGAGGUUGGAGGAAAAAAAGCAGCACACAUUCCAUUGGAAGUGAUAUGUGGAGUGGAGAUCUUUUCAGCCGUGAACUAAGCAGCACAACUAGCAUGAGAGGUACACUGUGUUAUGUAGCACCAGAAUAUGGAGGGUGUGGAUUCUUAAUGGAGAAAGCUGAUAUAUACAGUUUUGGUGUUUUGAUUCUUGUGAUUGUGUCAGGUAGAAGACCAUUACAUGUUCUUGCAUCCCCCAUGAAGUUAGAGAAAGCUAACUUAAUUAGCUGGUGUAGACACUUGGCUCAGUCUGGUAGUAACAUUUUAGAACUAGUUGAUGAUAAAUUGAAACAAGAUUACAAUAAGGAACAAGCUAGCUUGUGUAUCAAUUUGGCACUCACUUGCUUACAGAAAAUUCCAGAGUUGAGACCAGAUAUUGGUGAUAUUGUUAAGAUUUUGAAGGGGGAGAUGGAGCUUCCACCACUUCCAUUUGAGUUCUCACCUUCUCCACCUUCUAGAUUAUACAACAGAUCAAGGAGAAAACAGAAGGGCAAUGCAGAAUAGUUUUUUGUAAUGUUUAUGGUUUCCUUACAGAGGUUAUGAUGAGUGCAGUACCUGAUAGAUCAUUGAAUAUGUUUGCAUUUGGGAGCUGAACACAUUCAUACAGUGAGAAGUAUGUUAGAUGUAUAUGAGACUGAGAUAAUUAUUUAUGGUUUUCUCAACUAACAGUUGCAUAAACUUUAUUUAUUGACUCAACAUCCACUGAUUGUCUUAAGUUUUUAUGGAUCUGUUUGGUUAUAAAAGUUGUUUCUACCUUGUUUAUUUGUUUUAGUA